UUGUUUAUGAUUGAUUCACUAUCAUAACAUACAAUCAAGAGAUUACUGAAUUGAUCAUAUGAUCAACAAAAAAUUAUGAUGAUGAUGAUGAUAAUCGAUGAGAAAACCGAAAAUUUUAUUUCACCAAUACUACUGUGGCUGGUUGUCUAUUUUGGAUGAGAUUAUUCAUCUUGAUUGCCUUGAAACAUGAUCAAGAUGCCAAUUCGUUUCAUAAUUAAUCACACAUAAAUUGUUGUAUAAAAUGGCAACCUUCAAAAUUUGAAAAAAUUAAAAAUAUGUUCCACAUUGCAUUAAAUGCAGGAUUUCAUUCAAAUCAUUUAAUGUGUCAUUCAACUUUCACAUUUACUUAUGGUAAGGAGAAAUUUAAAAAAAAAAUGGAUCAAAAUGACUGCUAAAGUUCGAGGCGAUUUUAUCGCUUUGUGUAUAUGCUGAAAAUUUUUCUUGGAAAAUCAUCGAUGUUAAAUGAUAAUCAAAAUGAUGAGAAUGUCGUCAUUAAAUGAACUAACACGAGAUAGAUAAUGGAAAAGACAAGCUAGCAGUAGCAUCCAAGUCUUGAUAGUGGAUCAUGUAUGUGUAUGAUGAUGAACAUCUUGUUUACCUUUGAAAUCAAUCAGAACAGCGAAUUUGGAUAUGGAUGAAUCAAACGACGAUGAUUGUGAUGAUGAUGAUUGCAAUCACUUUCUAAACUAACUUGCUGACAAACAUUAUGAUACUCUCUUGAUACCAAACAUCUUUCAUUCGGGCUAUUAAGGUGAUCUACAUUUACAACUUAUUCGAAAUUGUUUGAAUGUCGGAUAUUUCAAUACGAUCGAAAAAAAAGAGUAAAAAAAGGCAAUGAGCCACAUUAUACAAUUCUAUAAUCAAUCAAAUAAUUCUAUAAACAAAUCAACGAAUCAAUUUUGGCCACUGGCUGUUAUAUGAGUGAAAAUUGUUUGUUUUAAAAAAAAAAAAACAAUUGAUUCAAAAAUGAUUUUGUCUACACAAUUUUCAUCAACGUCUACAAUCAUUGUAAGGCGAAUUCGACAAUAUUUAUUCAGAUCAACAACCAACAUAAUGACAGUGAUUAACCAUAAUUGUAAUCAUUCCAUAGUUUACAAAGAAUCCUCAAACUUUUUGCAUUCAUCACCAAGAUUUUGGCUAAAUGACGAGUCAUCUUUGAAAAAACAGCAGCUAUUACUAUCAUGUCGAAAAUUUUCCAAUCAAGUUCAUUAUAAUCAAAUUCAACUGGAACCUUGUCCAAAUUCUUUUAAGGCAACCGAUGCUAUUGUCGAGAUUUUGGAUUCAAAAGAUCGAUCGGAAAAGCCAGAUUGGAACAAUCUGGUGUUUGGUCAACAUUGUUCCGAUCACAUGGUCGAAAUUCAUUGGAACCAAAGUGAUGGCUGGCAAACACCAAGAAUUGUUCCUGUUCAUCCAUUCUGUUUACAUCCAUUCGCCAAAGUUUUUCAUUACGCUCCUGAAAUUUUCGAAGGAAUGAAAGCCUAUCGAGGACUCGAUGGUCGCAUUCGAAUCUUUAGGCCUGAAUUGAAUAUGAAACGUAUGCGUCUUUCGGCAGCUCGAGUUUGUCUACCAGAUUUCGAUGGUCAACAAUUAAUUGAGCUCAUGAAAAAAUUGUUAAUCAUCGAUGAUGAAUGGGUGCCACCAUAUGAAUCGAAUGCUUCGCUUUACAUUCGACCAACAAUGAUAGCAACGGAUGAAGCUUUAGGAGUUUCGCCUGCAACUAAAUGCAUACUAUUCGUCGUUACUGGACCAGUAGGCCCAUAUUUCAGUACAGGUUUCAAGCCUGUAUCAUUACUAGCUGAUCCAAAAUAUGUUCGAGCUUGGCAAGGUGGUUCUGGUGAUCGUAAGCUAGGCUCUAAUUAUGCACCAACAAUGUUAGUGCAAAAAGAAGCAAACAAACAAGGAUUACAACAGGUACUUUGGCUUUAUGGUCCCGAUCACGAACUAACAGAAGUAGGAACAAUGAAUAUAUUCAUGUUGAUGAAAGAUCCAGAAGGAAAGCGACAAUUGAUUACACCACCAUUGACUGAAGGGCUUAUAUUACCUGGAGUAACGAGACAAUCGUUAAUCGAGUUGGUUCGUUCAUGGAAUGAAAUCGAAGUGAUUGAACGUGUAAUUCCUAUGGCAGAAGUGAAACAACUGUUGGCUGAAAACCGAUUGCUUGAGAUGUUUGGUGCAGGAACCGCAUGUAUUGUAUGUCCGAUAGGCCAGAUUCUAUUUGAACAACAAAUGCUCAACAUACCUGGACAUGAAUUCACAUUGAAAUUGUUCAAAGAAUUGCUUGAUAUUCAAUAUGGAGUCAAAGAGUAUGGAAAUUGGGUACAGACAAUAGGAUCUACCUAAUGAUUCAUAUCAAUUAUUGAUGAAAUUUUAAAUUUCAAAUAAAAAAUAAAUUAUUAAAUAA